ACUACCUAGAAAAGAAGCAAGAAGUUUUCAGAAUUCUGCAAGAAUUCUUCAAGUCAUCACCCUAAUGGAAGUCGAUCAAGAGAAUCGUGUGCCUUUAACGUGCUCUUCUUCUAAAAAGCGAGCCCCCAUGACUCACUCUUUUCCUCCUCAACCUUCCUUGACCAAGAAACGAGUCGUUCUUGGUGAACUCACCAACUCGCCUGAUCUCGGGUCGAGUCAGAACCCAAAAUGCAGAUCCAAGAGUGAGAGAGACGCGAGUAGAGAGAAGAAGCCAAUGCGUGAAUUGAAAGACAAAAAAAGGCAAGAAUCUAUCGAAGAGUUUGAUGAGAACUUUCGAGAUUUGAAGAAGUGCACUUUCUCAUCUUCUAUAUUUGAACAUCUCCACUCUUUGGAGAUUGAGGAGAAAAGAAGGCCAUUGCCCAAUUACAUGGAGAAGGUUCAGAACGAUGUUACAGUGAAUAUGAGGGAAAUUCUGAUCGAGUGGUUGGUGGAAGUAACUGAGGAAUACAAACUCGUUUCCGACACCCUUUAUCUUACAGUGUCAUACAUUGACAGAUACCUCUCUUCUCAUGCUAUCAGUAGCAACAAGCUACAACUUCUUGGCGUUUCUUGCAUGCUUAUUGCCUCAAAGUAUGAAGAGAUCACUCCUCCGCAUGUUGACGAUUUUUGCUAUAUAACAGAUAAUUCUUAUACCAAGGAAGAGGUGGUGGAGAUGGAGAAAGAUGUACUUGAAUUGUUGAAUUUUGAAAUUGGUACUCCCACCAUUAGAAAUUUUCUGAGAAUUUUAAUGAGAGCUCCUCAGGAAAAAUGCAAAUGUCCAGAUUUGCAAUUGGAGUUUUUGAGUUGUUAUCUUGCGGAGCUAAGUUUGCUGGAUCAUGGGUGUCUACGAUUCUUACCAUCAUUAGUAGCUUCAUCAGCUAUUUUUCUUUCAAGAUUCAUGAUCCAACCGAAAAUACAUCCUUGGAGCAAGGCACUGGAAUGUUACUCAGGUUAUAGACCAUCUGACAUCAAGGAAUGUGUCCUUGCCAUCCAUGGCUUACAUCUGAAUCGAACAAGAAAUUAUUUGAGAGCUGUGACAGAAAAGUAUUUGCAGCAUAAGUUUAAAUGCGUGGCCUCUUUGUCUUCGCCUUUGGAAGUUCCUGGACGGUAUUUUGAGGCUGUUGAGGAAUGAUGAUAGGGAAGUUCCUUCUAAAGAAAUUGACUUUGUAGGUUGAACUGUGCUGUUGAGAAGUUUCUUCUAGCAGUUUAUGCUUCAAUUUGGACGAGGGUAUGUCUUUCAACUGCUGGUUGAAAGUGGCGUUUCAAUUUCUCGCUUAGUGCUUACCGUUUCUGGCAAGCCUUACAACUUUUUGUGUAGGCAAAGUUGAGAGUUCUGGAUGUCUUUUAAUUUUGUAAAUCAUGCUAAUGAAAUUGCCUUAGGAUGAUACUAAAUGAUAACGCUACAUACACUGGGACUGGUGUUUCUUGUUUAAUGUCCCACUAUUUUGUAUAUCAUUUACUGCUGAAAUAAGGUAUACUUUUAUUUUUCUCAGGUGAUUUCCAUUAUGAGAAAUUGUA